AAACAACGUUUUGCUCCAGCCCUGCUUUGGACUUCUGGCUCAAGGCACCUUGCCAUCCGCGAACUGCCUGGUACACGACGGUCGACAGCCUGUCUGCGCAAUGGCCAGGCGAGGGCGGAGAGCCGUAUGCAGCGAAGUCCCCCCCUGCUCUCGCUGACCUCCCUCACUCUCUGCCUCCCCUCCUCGAAGAAGAAUCAGUUGCAUAAACAACUUCGGAGCUCCGCGCAGAUCUCUUGGGAUCUGCGCUGGGAUCCCCUGGCGGCGCCUGCGGCGCCGCCCCUGGGUCGCUCCGCGCGCCAGGGAGGGGUGCCCAGCGCCGAUCCAAGAAAUCCGCGCUGAGUUCCGAAUGUUUCUGUUUAUGCAGGUUUGUUGUGCCCCUAUCCUCUGCCUCGCCUCGAGAGGGGCGAGGAGGGGCAGAAGAACUUCGCAGUUUCGGCUCUCGGCCUUGCAGGCUGCUUCUUGCCGCCGCGGAGAUUGCUGCCGUGGCUGGUCUGAAUGUCCACGAUGCGCCCUCCAGCGACGCUCUAUCGCGCACAGGCGUCGCUACAGUGCUUGACCCGGAGAUGACCAAUGCCGCCCUCGAGAAGUUCCACGUCACCACUCCAGGGGAGCACGCCGUGAUCGUGCUGCCCGACAAUGCCGACCUGGAGAAUCCGGCCGCUGCCGACCUGAUUGUUUACGCCACGUUCGGGAAGCUCACCGACGAUGCAUGCGAAGACCUCCUCAUUCGCACUGUCACAUUUGAGGGAGCCUCCGUCGGAACAAACAUCACAAAGCUUGUAUUCAACGUGGGGAGCGAUAAUUUCAACGACACGGCAGCCCAUGAAUACACGUACACCUUUACUGACAGUGAAGGCAACUCCCAGGAGGUUACCAACACCGACGCCAGGCACCUCUUCGACAACGUCCCGAUGUGCUACAUGGGCACUCCACGGGGCGUCAUCAGAGAGCCCACGUACAGGACCUACAUGCACCGCCAGAGGAUCAUGCAGGCGGAGUGCAGCCUGAACAGCCUGAGCCGCGGCCACGACAUCAAGGUGUACUGGAGCACGGUGUGGCGUGGGUUCAACAGCACCACCAACUCGUCCAUCUUCGCCAACGACCUCUCCUUCAGCAUCGGGAACGUGGCGAACGCCGGGGGCAUCCUCGGCUCGGACGACCACUCGGCGAUCUCCGCGGCGAUCCCCGGGUGCAACAAGAAGCAGCCGGUCCUCGGACCCUACCAGACCAGGAAGGGGAAGCCAAAGGGGAAGCCCUGGAAGCGCGCGCACCACUUCCGCUGAGCAGCCCCGAGCGGCCUCCCCCCAAGGCGCCGCCGUCGGGCGGCGGCGCUCGCCUCCGGCUGCGCUCUCGUCGUGUUGGGCGGGCGCGGCCGGGCGGUGUUUUUUUGUCGUCGUGCCGCGGCGCCUCGGGCGCGGCCGCUUGGGCCAAGCCACGGGGCACCGGAGGCCCUCUCGAGACAAAAGAGGGGUCGGGUGCGUGCGGCCCGGGGCUCUGCC